GCGUAUGACCCACCAGUGACACUAUACAUGGGCAGAGACAAGGUGGAAAACGAAGAUCUCAUCAAAUACGCGUGGCCUCAAGACGUCUGGUUUCACGUUGAUAAACUCUCCUCUGCACACGUCUACCUCCGACUUCCCGAGUCCAUCUCAUCAUGGGAAUCUAUCCCAGAACCACUCCUCAUUGACUGUGCUCAGCUGGUCAAAGCUAAUUCUAUCGAGGGGAACAAAAAGGACAAUUUAACGAUCAUAUACACCCUCGGGAGUAAUCUCAAGAAAACGGGUGAUAUGGCUGUUGGACAAGUGUCUUUCCAUAAUGACAAGCGGGUACUCCACAUAGCAAAGCGCGAGAACCCAAUUGUAAAUCGUCUGAACAAAACCAAGGUAGUGCGUGAGGUGGAUCACGAAGCUGAGCGCAUCGAGCGCGUAAAGAAGGAGAACGCGAUCAAGCGCGCUGCAGCGGCGGAGAAGGUGCGUCUGUCAUUUCCAUCCCUUACCAAGAAGGCCGAUGCCGAGCUUGCAAAGGCCCGAGAGGCAGAGAAGGCGGCACGAUCGUAUGAUACGCUCUUCACUGUCAACGAUGAUGAGGAUGAUGAGAGACCCAAGAAAUCGGUGAGGGAAUGGGAGGAGGAUUUCAUGUGA